AUGUGUACAUGUUUGGUUAAAUGCACUUAUGGUGGUGAAUUAUUGAGUCUCUAUGCCUAUAAUUACAGAUUGGCUGACGCAGAAAGCUUUCCAUUAACACAGGCUGAAAGAUCAUUUGAUUUAUUAAAAUAUACAAUGCAUGGUAAAAUAUCUAAUCCGUCAACUUCCAUCCAAGGUUUAGUUUGUGGAGUCUUUGAAGAUUAUAUCAGUCUGUCAACCGAGUUUAUGAAUACAAGUCAUCAGAAUUUUGAAAUUCUACAUCAGGUUUUAUUGAAAUAA